GGAGGGGUUUACCCGAGGACCGGAAAGAAAGCCGUUUCUGAGCCCAAUGAUGGCUGCUCAAGGGUGAGGUGCUGAUCGUCGCUCGCGAUGAACCCGGAGACAGUGCAGCUGGGCCUGGGGUCGGGAGGCUCCACAGGAGGAGCGUCGGGGGCGGCGACUGUUCCAAACGCUACUGCCUCUGCAGCAGAGACGUCGGUUUCAAAUGGUGUUUAUGUUCCCCAAGGGAUUGCCAAUGGGGAUGUAAAACCCGUUAUAUCAACAACACCACUUGCAGACUUCCUUAUGCAAUUAGAAGAUUAUACCCCAACAAUACCAGAUGCUGUGACAGGAUAUUAUCUCAAUCGAGCAGGGUUUGAGGCUUCUGAUCCUCGAAUAAUUCGUUUAAUAUCUUUGGCUGCGCAAAAGUUCAUUUCUGAUAUUGCGAACGAUGCCUUACAACACUGUAAAAUGAAGGGAACUGCAUCAGGAAGUUCCAGAAACAAAAGCAAGGAUAAAAAAUACACCCUCACCAUGGAGGAUUUAAUCCCUGCUCUUUCUGAAUAUGGUAUAAAUGUGAAGAAGCCUCAUUACUUUACAUAAAGAUAUGGAAACAUCAUCAGCAAACUAGUGACUACUUAUUAAUAUUCAGCACCUGCUGUACAAUGUCAGCUCGAGUUGGUUUUCAGAAAAUUUGAUGGUGAGAAAAAAAUGCCACAGGUUGAAAUUUUCCCGUUUGUGCUCAAAAGUGGUUCUGAAUCAACAUCCAACGAUUCAUCAUUUGGAAGGCUACAUUAUUUUACAGUUGAUUUGUGCAGUUCAUUUGAAAUUGUUACUUGUGGUAGGGUGAAAUAAUCUUUGGAUCUGUAUAAAGUGAGUUUUGAAAGUUGUUUUUUCAUCUGUGAAACUAGUCAGGAUCAGUUUAUCAUAAAUUAAAACCCUGCAGAAUAUAG